UAUUUCACUAAUAGCCGUUUCCUUGGUUUGUCACUAGAGCUCCUCUAUAGCAUAUAUAGGAGCAGAAAGCACAUUAUUGACUAAUAUACAUCUUCCUUAGGGUCUUUUACAAGCUGGGAAUGUAUAAGGAUUUUUUUUCCAUUAUCACAGCCUUGCAGCUGUUCCUGCAAACAACAGGCCAACCACCCAAAAACGGCUUGUGCAUUGGGAAUGACUGCUACACCAUACACCAGGACUCCAAGACGUUUCAGAGUGCAAAUGAUGUGUGCAACAAACAGCAAGGACAUUUAAUGACAGUGCGAUCAACAGUGGCCAACGAUGCAAUGUCUACCCUGAUGGCUAAUGAACAAGGAGAUUUCUGGAUUGGCCUGCAGCUUCCUAAAGGACAAUGCACCAACAAUAAUAUAACACUAAGAGGGUAUGAGUGGAUAACAGGAAAUGAAAGCACACAUUUUUCAAAUUGGAAAGGCAAUGAUUCAACCUGCACUCAGCAGUGUGUCUCGCUUUCCAGUGAUCUAAGCUGGGAAGAAAGACCAUGCCAGGAUGAACUGGCAGGAUUUUUGUGUGAAUACAAUUUCAAUAGAACAUGUGAAGCUCUACCCGCAGAUAUGGACCGCUCUGUUCUAUACAGCACACCACUAGGUUUUCAGGUAUCUGACCCUAGAUCGCUUCCACCAGGAAGUACUGCAACCUUUUCACCCUCUGGUUUCAAAGUUUAUUGUUCCAGUAAAGCUGAUUGGGACAGAGGUCCUUGGGAUUGCCAGAUUGAUGAUGGUGGUUGUGAACAUCAAUGCCAAAUGAACAACAGUCAGCCCCAGUGCUUCUGUCCGCCAGGUAGACAGCUGAAAGAUAAUAAAAUGACCUGCUCGGAAAUAGACAUAUGCAGCAUUGCAACUUGUGAGCACCAGUGUGUCCUGUAUGAAGACAGCUAUGUCUGCACGUGCCGUGAUGGAUAUGCUCUGGAUCCGGAUGGCACCCGAUGCAGAGACAUUGAUGAGUGUAAAAUGGGGCAUAAUCUUUGUGACCAGGAUCGGGUGUGUGUGAACACACCUGGAAGUUUUGAAUGUAAGUGCAAAUCUGGGUUUGUUGAGAUGAAUGGGAAAUGUGAAGAUGUUGAUGAAUGCCGGAGAUACCCCUGUGAGCAUGACUGUAAAAAUAUACCGGGGAGCUACCAGUGUUCCUGCUUUGAGGGGUACAUUCAAGACUCAAAAGACCAUCUCAAAUGUAAGUUACAUUGUUCUACUUCUGAAUGCCCUGCUGACUGUGAUCCAAAUAUGUACUGGCAAUGUAAUUGUCCAGAUGGAUUUGUAUUGGACACGAGGGAAAAUAUGUAUUUCUGCAUAGACAUAAACGAAUGUGAGAUGGAGACCCACUGUGAGCAGCUAUGUAUUAACUCAUUUGGAAGUUAUACAUGUUAUUGUCAUGAUGGCUACUCUAUUGACAGUGAUGGAUAUUCUUGUGUUUCUGAAGAUACUGAAGAAGGUUCCGGCACCACAAGCACUACUCCAGUCAUCAGCGUUCUUGUUACCCCCACUUCAAACUAUACUAUAGAGGGGCAAACUCUGUUAACACACGGAGCCCUUUUUGGAAUCAUCGUUUGCAUCGUGUUGGUGAUCUUGAUCCUAGUUUUUCUUGUGCACCACAUUCUUAAACAGCGUGCUAAAUAUGAUGCAUCUUCAGACUUUAAUAGCAGCAGUGCAGAAAAAGAUGUUGACCUUCAGCGGGUGUCCACACAGAAGAAUGCUUAGAAGUCUGUUUUAAUAGAAAUGAAACAAUGGACAGCAGGAAUAUUACAGGUGUAAUUCACUAAUAAUGUUUUUAGACAUCAGUUUACGGAUGGAUAAACUGACUGCAAAUAACCUGCUUUACUGUGUAACCUAAGUCUAUUUGCUCCUAUAUAAUUGUGGUUUUCAA